GCAGGUAGUGGGCCAAUCGGCGCGGAGAGGGGCGGGGCGGACAAGCCGUUGGCGGAGGGCGGCCAUUGGCAACGGCUGCUGGCCCAGGUGCCCCUCCCCCCCUCGGCUUUCUCUCUGAGGAGACCCCGGGAGAAGCAGGAGCAGGCCGCGCAGGCGAGAGCGGCGUCCCGCUGGGCGAGCCGAGCAGAGCCGAGAGCAGGAAGGAGGGGAGCAGCGAAGAAGCCAGGCCGGGCUCGGUGUCUGCACUAAAAGGUCAUUGGCACGAUGGGGUCUGAAAACCCAAGCCCACAGAACCCCAGCUGUAAAAUAAUGACUUUCCGACCAACCCUAGAGGAGUUCCAGGACUUUGGAAAGUAUAUUGCUUAUAUAGAAUCCCAGGGAGCUCACAGGGCAGGACUCGCAAAGGUGAUUCCUCCCAAGGAGUGGAAGCCGCGCAAGACCUAUGAUGACAUUGACAGCAUGGUCAUCCCUGCGCCCAUUCAGCAGGUGGUGACUGGGCAGUCGGGGCUCUUCACCCAGUAUAAUAUUCAGAAGAAACCCAUGCUGGUCGGAGACUACCGGCACUUGGCCAACAGUGAGAAGUAUUGUACCCCCCGUCACCAAGAUUUUGAUGACCUGGAACGCAAAUACUGGAAGAAUUUGACUUUUGUGUCCCCUAUUUAUGGAGCAGACAUCAGUGGCUCCCUGUAUGAUGCAGAUGUGGAGGAAUGGAAUAUUGGGAAUCUGAACACCCUCCUGGACAUGGUGGAACAUCAGUGUGGAAUUAUCAUCGAAGGCGUGAACACCCCCUACCUCUACUUCGGGAUGUGGAAGACAACCUUUGCUUGGCACACGGAGGACAUGGACCUCUACAGCAUCAACUACCUGCAUUUUGGAGAGCCCAAAUCUUGGUACGCCAUUCCCCCGGAGCAUGGCAAACGACUGGAGAGACUUGCAAAAGGUUUUUUUCCUGGGAGUUCCCAAGGUUGUGAUGCCUUCCUCCGUCACAAGAUGACCCUCAUUUCACCCUCAAUCUUGAAGAAAUACGGCAUCCCCUUUGACCGGAUCACCCAAGAAGCUGGAGAAUUCAUGAUAACCUUUCCUUAUGGCUACCAUGCGGGAUUCAACCAUGGCUUCAAUUGUGCUGAGUCCACCAACUUUGCCACAUUGCGGUGGAUCGACUAUGGCAAGAUGGCCACCCAAUGCACCUGCCGGAAAGACAUGGUGAAGAUCUCCAUGGAUGUCUUUGUGCGGGUCCUCCAGCCCGAACGGUAUGAAUUAUGGAAGCAAGGGAAAGACUUUACCGCCUUGGACCACAUGAAGCCUACUGCUCUCACAAGCCCAGAGCUGGAAGCCUGGAACCAAACCAAGGAUGCCUUGAAAGUCAAGUUGCUCCGCAGAGCAAACAGAAAACGAAGCCAGCCACGAAGGCACAAGACGCAGGAUCAGAAGUCACUUGGGGAUGUCAUGGGGAUGGAGACAGCCCUGGAUGAUGUGAGGGUGGACCAGAGAAGAGGUUUGAGCCUGGAUGAAGAGGAGAAGAGCAAAGAGGGAGAGUGCAAGCCAAAGAGCCGUACCCCAAAAGUCAAAGGGGAGCGGAAGAAGAAGCAGCAGCACCCCCACCCGCUCUCCCGGCCGCCUCAGCUCCCCCUGCAGCAGCACCUGCCUCCAGUGCUGCUACCACAGUCCUCUCUGCUGAGACCAGAGGAGCUGCAGCCCCCUUCCACAGAGGGGGAGAGAUCUGAGGCCAGGUCCCUACAGCCCGCCUCUGAGGAAGAAAGCAUCCCACCCAUGCCUGCCCUCGACGCCCUGCCCUCGGAAGCCCUGGGCGAAGAGGGUGAGUCGCGGCCUCGCCCCAUCAUCCCCAUGCUCUAUGUGGUUCCGCGGCCCAAGAAGCUCUCUUCAGCAGAAAAGAAGCGCAUGUCCUGCCAGGAGGUGUUUGAGCGCUUCAUCACGCAGGAGCCGGUGGCCCCUCUGGAUCUCAGCACGAAAGACGAGGAGAGUGGCGAGGGGGAAAUGGCGGAGGCCCAUGCGGAGCCCAGCAAACUGCAGACGACUUCUACUUUCUCGAAAUUGAAGAUGGAGAUUAAGAAAAGCCGCCGCCAUCCACUGGGCAAGCCACCCACACGUUCCCCACUGUCGGUGGUGAAGCAGGAAGCAUCGAGCGAUGAGGAAACCCUUCCCUUCUCUGGCGAGGAGGAUGUUGGUGAUCCGGAGCCUCUGAAGUCCUUGCUUUCCCUCCAGUGGAAAAACAAAACAGCCAGCUUCCCAGCAGAGAGGAGAUUCAACGCUGCUGCUGCGCUGAGUGAGCCGUACUGCGCUAUCUGCACCCUCUUCUACCCCUACAAUCAGGCCCUGCAGGUGGAAAAAGAAGCAGCCCCACUCCCUGCCGGAGAGAGCACCUCGCUCCAGCCACCUUUGAAAUGUGGCCAGAAGACCAAGCCUUUGAUCCCGGAAAUGUGCUUCACCUCCAGUGGGGAGAACACGGAGCCCCUCCCUUCCAGCUCCUACAUUGGGGAGGACGGGAGCAGCCUGCUGAUCUCCUGUGCCAAGUGCUGCCUGCAGGUCCAUGCCAGUUGCUAUGGGAUACGCCCUGACCUUGUGAACGAAGGCUGGGCCUGUUCCCGGUGCUCAGCCAGUGCGUGGACAGCGGAUUGCUGUCUCUGUAAUCUCAGGGGAGGAGCCCUUCAAAGGACCACUGACGGAAGGUGGGUCCAUGUAAUUUGCGCAAUUGCUGUGCCAGAGGCCCGUUUCCUCAACGUCAUUGAGCGCCACCCUGUAGACAUCACUGCCAUUCCGGAGCAGAGGUGGAAACUGAAAUGUGUGUACUGUCGGAAGCGGAUUAAGAGAGUGUCGGGCGCCUGCAUCCAGUGCUCCUACGAGCACUGCUCCACAUCUUUCCAUGUCACCUGUGCCCACGCUGCGGGAGUGCCCAUCGAGCCAGAUGAUUGGCCCUAUGUCGUGUCCAUCACCUGUUUCAAACACAAAGCAGCCAGCCACAUCAUCCCAUUUUCCAGGGAAGUAUCACUCAGUCAGACGGUGAUUACGAAAAACCGGAACGGCCUCUACUACCGCUGCAAAGUGAUUGGCACCACAACACAGACCUUCUACGAAGUCAACUUUGACGAUGGUUCUUACAGUGACAAUGUUUAUCCCGAGAGUGUCAUCAGCAGAGACUGCCUCCAGAUGGGGCCCCCGGCAGAGGGUGAGCUGGUUCAGCUGCAGUGGACUGACGGCAUCGCCUGCAAGGCCAAGUUCAUUGCUGCCCAGAUCAGCCAGAUCUUUCAGGUGGAGUUUGAUGAUGGCUCCCAGUUGAUGGUCAAGCGAGGCGAGAUCUACACCCUGGAGGAGGAGCUGCCCAAGAGAGUAAAAUCGCGCCUGUCCCUCAGCACUGGCGCUCCUCAGGAAGAUGUGUUCUCAGGAGAUGACUCGAAAGCCGCCAAGCGCCCUCGGGUGGGCGGUGCCAAGAACCCCGAGGACGCCCGGCCAAGCCCUGAUUACUUCACCAUCAUGGAGUCCCAGAUCGAGAAUCAGUUUCAGCCGGGAGCACAGAGCACCAUGUUUUAAAUUGGGAUGAACAAUGAUUUGAUUAAAAUAAAAUAAAACAGUUGGGACUUUAAAAACGAAAAACUUUUGCAACACUUUUAAACAUCCUUUUCACACCUUUGCGGAAAGUAAUUUAAGUAGAAAACUGUGGAGCGAGAGGCUCAGCUCUUGUGCAAUAACUUGUGAUAAAAAUUCCUUUUCUUGGUUUGAACUUUGGAGAGCUUUGCUCCGCCUACCUCUGUUCUUCCUGACCAUGGACUUUUGAGUGGACAAAACCUUGGAGGAAAUCCUUGUCCAUACAAACUUUGGAAGAAUAUGUUCUGAUGCAGCUGUGUGUCUCUGAGGAUGAACUUUCGCUCUUUUGUUGGUCCCUCCCCACCCUUGGUAAAAGCUUGGAAAAGUGCUCCGACUUCACCACGACGAUGACAACUCCAGUUUUUCAAUCGCAGCCAUCGACUCUCUCUCUCUUUCUCUCUGUCCUGUCUCUUUGGAGAAGGUGCUAUUUCACUGACUACUGAAGCAGCUUUUUUUUGGAAUUAGCAAUUUGUGUAUGUGUGUAUAUAUAUAUAUUAUAUAUACAUAUAUAUAAAUAUAUAUAUAUAAUUGCCUUUGUGACAUUUUCUAUAAAAAGCAGGGGGGAAACAUGGUGUAUGUCUAAAAAAUAAAACAUGACAAAUGUAAGCAAUGAGAAAAAGAAAAAAAAGAGAGAGAGAAAAGUACCCACAUUCCCCCCACCCACCCCCCGCCACCAAAUGUGAUUUUACAACAACCGGUUGGAUUAUUUCUGUUGAUCUAAAAAGUUGUUGCUGUGUUGGGGAAGGGAAGCAGGUGUCAUGUUUGUAAAUGAACAAAGGAAGUUUCUCUCAGUUGAACUGCGUUGUAAUAAAUGAGACCAGCAGUACAGUUACUGGAUGGGAUUCAGUGUUACCCGUCUUUAAAAACAAAAAGGCAAACGUGUGAGUUGAGAGUAGUGGGGGAGACCGACCCUUCUGCUUGCCUUUUGCACCCCCACCUUGGGAACUGUGUGUUGGUACUGGGGACCCAAAGAAUCCUGUGAGCAUGAAUUUCAGUUAAGAGCUUUUAGUCCAGGGGUGACUAACCUGAGGCUCUCCAGCUGUUGUCAGACUACAACUCCCAUCAUCCCCAUCCACAGCUUAUUGUGGCUGAGGAUGAUGGGAGCUGUUGUCCGACAUCUGGAGACCCUCAGGUUGGUCAGUUUGGCCCUUGCUUUGCAUUUGUUGGUGAAGGGUGGAAUCAAAUGAAUUGUUCCUAUCUGGUCUUACCUCUCAGGAACGUUUCUUCCCCUGGAGUCCUGCCAGGUGACUCUUGCUCAAAUCAGUACACACAUUUUGUGGAGAGGAGGGAGCUGUCAGCCUGAACUCUCAGACUCUGUUGCACCUUUGGGCUGGAUCCUUCCCCUCUGUGCAUGAAUUGCAAAGCAACCUUUCUCCCUUAUCGUUCCUUGCACGUGGAUUUUAGUGCAUAAAAAUGUGCAUUUUAUUGUUGGCUGAGGAGCUCUUGGUUGUCUGAAAGGAGAGGGAUGAGUGGGGUGUGCCUGUAAUUUUUGUUUUUUAAGUUGGACAGCCUUUCCUAAUGGUUGCAACGUUCUUUGCUAGAUAAGGACACUUGGCAGGGUCAGGCUUCUCCUAGCUGAUUGAAAGAAAAGCUGUGAAUUUGGUGGUAUCAAAUCAAUGGUCUAGAUACAUUGCCCUAUCUGUACAUGGUUGGGAGGAGGAUUGUCCCACCCUCCCAUGGCCCAGCCCUCCGGCCUUUCAUACUUUAGAUUUUUGUGUAUCAUAUAAACUUGAGCAUACAGAUCACAUAUACAAGACUACACGUGCAUAUUUGAGUUUAUAAGGGAAGAGCUCUUGUGGGUUGGGUUCUGCACACCCAGCCCCUUGUGCAGAUAUGAAAUCUGAUGCAUGAAGGGGAAGUGAGGCAAGGCAGAGUGGGCUGGCCUGAACAUGGCUUAUCUCAGGAAGAAAGCAGGUUCUGGAGUAUUGAAUGGAAAACUCCUCCUCCUCCAUGGACUUCUUCCAUGUGGAGGAAAGAAUCUUUGUACAGGAUGUGUUUUGGAAUGGACACAAUCCUGGCUAAUAAAAAGGGGGGUUGAAGGGUCCCCAUAAAGUUGGUUGCAGGAGGUGGGGUGGCGGGGCAGGAGGGGGGGCGUGCCAUCUUGCAUUGCAAGGCACCCUCUUGCACUAUUCUCUCUGGCUUGAGGGAAGGCGAGUGGGUGGUCAGUGGCUUUCAGAAUGGCAAGCCCAUCAUCUUCAACCUACGGCCACCCUUUUUCUAUUUUUUCCUCCUUGCUCCCAUCUGUUUCCUUCAAGGGCAGGAGUUGGAGGGAAGCGGACAGAUUAUGGCAGGUCUCUCUGUCGCCCUGCUGUGCACUUCCUGUUCACUCCCUGCUUCCUGAAAUUGUGUGUGUCGGGGGAGAGGGAGUCUGGAUAGCCCGCUAGGAGGGAGGUGGACUGGAUUUUACCCCAGGACACCACCAGUUGACAGCCAGAUCAGGUUUGAUAUCAGGUGGUCUUUGUGCCCUCUCCAAACAACACAGCUAGGUUCGACUGAAGAGUGAAUGUUUCCUGUUGGGGGGGUGGGGGGAAAUGUGUUUGACUCCCUCAACUUCUUUGAAGGGAGAGAGAGAGAGUAAGAGUGUGUGUGUGUGUGCGCGCGCGCGCACACACGCGCACACAACAGGGUUGCACAAUUUCAGCCCUGCUACGGUUGUUGAACUACAAUUCCUAUCAUCCCUGACGAUUGGCCACUGAGGGUGGUGGGAGUUGUAGUCCAAAAACAGCUGGAAGUCUGAAGUGGUGCAGCCCUGCGCUACAGUAUCUUUUGUGAAUGCCUUCAGUGGUUUUUCAAAUAUGAAGAAAUAUUUUUUUUCUUCCCCCUCAGUAAACUGACAUAGUCUUUCACUCCCGCCCCCACCCCUGCCCCGCCUCAAUAAACCUACAUCGUAUGAAAACAUCUUACCAGACAGUUCAGAUCUUGCCACCUUGAGUGUGUAAAGACUCUGCCAUCUUGCCAAGGAGAAUUGCGAUAUAGGAAAAGCUUGUGUUUCUUCACCAUGGCCAGCACCCUUCUUUCAAUAUCAUCCCUGUGCAGUGGUCUCCGCUUGUGGAACAUCAUAAAACUGCCUAAAGGGUCAAUUUGGCUUGCAUGGAAGACAAAACCCAAUAGCCUUGUUUUGGUUCCCGGGCUACAGAGAAACCGACAAAAGUGUUUUGGGGGGAAAAGAGAAUCUGGAACUGUAGACCUCUCUUAUCUUUGUAAAAUGUGGAGCUGAGGGAGUGUAGAUAUUGGAUGAGUGUUGAGGGGGAAGGGGGAAUUUCACUGUAUGGAAAAAUGCCGAUUGAAGGGGAUCUCCAUGGCUGUAAUUGUUGUGUAUAUUUAUAUUGUAUAAAAAAGAAAAGAAAAAAAAGCAAGUGUGUUCUCCCACCCGCAAUGAUUCAGAUGGUGAACUUUGUUCCGUUUAUGCCGUGAGCCUGGCUUUUGUAGAAACCUGGAUCUUUUUCUGUUGUUGAAGUUCUGUUCCCCCCCGCCCUUUUUCUAAUACACUUGCCACUUUGGGAAUGGUUCUGUUAUUUCUUUGCCCAAGGGGCACUAUGGAAAAGGAACUAGGAAACCGCUCAUUCUUCUUCCUCCUCCUUCUGCCCUCCCCCCACCCACCCCCACCUUUCCUAACCCCCUCCGUGACUUUAUAUUUGUAAGUGUCUACGUGAUAUAUAAAAAGGGUUUUUGUUUCCUCUUA